AUGGAGGUCCAGAUCCCUUCUCCCUCUGUUUUCCUAAGAAAUUCUCCUGUCAUUCCUCCCGCGCCCGGGGUCCAGCCAAAGAAAGCGGCCAUCACGAAGCCUAAACCAAAUCCUCCCCCUAAAUCUCUCAACAAAACUGUUCAAGAUGGGGCGGUGACAAAGCCGAAGCAGAGCAAGAGUCGAAAUGGUUGUAUGACAUGCAAGAAGAAACGGUUAAAAUGCGACGAGACAAAACCCUCUUGUGUGCAGUGUCAGAAGCGAAGUGUGGUAUGCGAGGGAUACAAAAAGGACUAUAAGUGGAGGACCUUUGAGGAGACCACCUUUGCCUCCCGGCCUGCUGCGAAGAGGAAAGCAUUUCGAUCCAACUCCCUCUCUUCGAAUCGCAAUGCCGCCCAACCCGUUGAUAUCGCCUGUGGUGGGAGACCGGAUCCCCAACAUGCCGAUGUCAAAGGCCUCCAACCUCCUCAGACAUGGUCCCCAGGCCUACAUUCUGCAUUCGAGACAGCCGCCCAUGCCUUUCGGGAUAAUGUCGAUGGUCACGCUCACAUUCAGGGGUCGAUGUCUAGUCCGAAGCUGAAAACCGAGAUGCAGUUGGACGCGGACCAGUCGCCGCCUCUGAACCUCACACCGGACUCGAUCUUCAUGCCUGUAUUCGAGGCGGAAGGCAUAUCUCCCGGUCUGACAUUUGGCGACGCGGUUGACCCCUACAGCGUCACCACAACAACGACAAGCUCCUCUCUCAACGACAGCAAUAGUGCUAGGUCGUUCUCUUCCGGCUCCCCGCAGCAUGUAGACAUUCUCCUCCCCAAUGGACCCGAAAUGAAUCAGCUGUCGGAUCCUUGCGAGCUCCAUCCAUCAAUGUCUCUUGAUGUCAACAUACCCAUGGAAGAUGACUUCGACGAAGAAAUUAUCAGGUCGGAUGCCAUCGCCACGUCCGCUGCGAUGUCCGCGCUGCAACUUCCCACGCCUUCGUCCAUGCUCGACCCCAGCUUUUCCAAUACAGCUUUCCAAGCCUUCCGGGCGUCUUCUCCCACCCCUAGCGAGACUUCUACUGCAUCUUCCAAAUCCAGCGACAUGACGAUUCUGGCGCAGCCCUCCCUGGACGCCUCGUCGCCAGAGAUGCUUAUGCUUCGUUUCGACAAGCAAACUUGCGGCAUCCUAUCCGUGAAGGACGGUCCCACCGAGAACCCUUGGCGUACAUUAAUCUGGCCUUUGGCUCGAGAAUCUCCUGCUCUGUACCACGCUAUUUCCUCCAUGACUGCCUUCCAUGGUGCCCAUGAGAUUCCGAACCUGCACGUUCCAGGAAUGGCGCACAUGACAAAGGCCAUCAAGCGCCUUGCCUUUGAGAUUGAGAACAUGCGACUCGACUCGGCUCUGGCGACGUCAUUGGCACUUGCGUUUAGUGAAGGCUGGGAUCGACACGUGAGCACAGGUGUCCAACAUCUCCGUGGCGCAAAGGUCAUGGUCAACAACGCGGUCAUUAGGCACCGACGGGAUAUGCAGCUGGGGCAGAUGACGACCCAAGAUGCCAACAGACUGAAGUUCCUCUGCAACACCUUCGUCUACAUGGACGUGAUUGCUCGAUUGACAUCACUGGAAGAAGCACAUGAACUCAAUUUCGAGGAGAUCCUCACUACUGUCAACGCUCCCUUCGGGGAUCAGGUCGAAGUCGACCCGCUUAUGGGCUGUGCCACGACUUUGUUUCCCCUCAUGGGCCGCGUCGCUCAUCUCAUUCAACGAGUGCGUAAGACCGAGUCAAAUUCUCUAACCAUCAUCUCCACCGCCAUGGAGUUGAAAGAGCAACUACAGCAGUGGCAAGUGCCCAGCGCUGUCGUCUUCGAGCGCCCGGAGGAUCCGAAUUCAGAAGUCCAGCACUCGAUUCAAACAGCGGAAGCCUACCGAUACGCCACGUUGCUCUAUCUGCACCAGGCAGUGCCAGAAAUCCCCAGCGACCCGGCGGCUUCUCUGGCAAAGAAAGUCCUGGUGACGCUGGCGUCUGUCCCUUUAUCGUCGCGAGCGACGAUCGUCCAGAUAUUCCCUCUCUUCGCGGCAAGUUGCGAAGUCACCGACCCGGAUGAUAGGAACUGGGUGAUGCAACGCUGGGCAGCGAUGAUCAGGCGUCUAAAGAUUGGAAACGUGAACUCGUGCUGGAACGUCAUACAAGAAGUCUGGACCCGAAGAGAUGCGUAUGAGGACGAGAAGUCGAACAGAUUGCUCAGGCAGUAUGCGAGUCGUGGAGUGCCGGGGGGCAAUUUCGUUCCGCCGGUCCUAGAUAUGCCAUCGGCGUUGAAGAGAAAGGCUCACACAAUCGAUUCUCUAGGCAUGGGAGAGAAUGGGGCUUUCAGCCACAGUCAAAUCCAAGCUCAGGGCCUGCAGGCCGGCGGACCAGAAGAAAUCGGUGUCGCAGGUCGGCCGCUCAAACGUCGCUUGACGUUGGAUUCGGUCGGCGGUGGGGGUGGAAUGUCAACCCUGCCAGUGACAAUGCCACCUCCAAUCCUCCCUCGGCGACAUACGAGCGACAUCAUGUCACCAGACCAAUUGGAGCCAGAGUACACCGUGCGAGGACAAUUGCACUGGCUGGGCGUUAUGACGGAUUGGCAGUGGGAAGGUAUGUUCCAAUUUCCUCGGGUGUGUUGCUUUGGGAUUUCCUUGUCCGGUAUCGGGUUACUCAUGCUGGUUGCAUUCUUCGCUUUCUAA